AUCAUCAUCAUCAUUAUUCGAAAUUCGAUUUUUUUUAAAUUUAUCACUAAACGAUUGACACAACAUAAUGAUAUUUUCUAUAAAAGAAUCCAAUGCUAUCAGUGUGUCUGUGUGAUGUUCGAUGGUGUAUGAUGUGUGUGUGUGUUUGGUGCAGAACACAGACAUCAACACACACAUUUUUUUUCUAUUUGUUUUUCUCUUUCUCCGUGUGUCUGUUUGGUGUUUUUGUGUGACAAAAAAGAAAAUAUUUUAAAUUCUUCUCCAUUCUGCUGUCAUUGUUUGUUUUUCUAAUGAUUUAAUCAAAAAAAAAAAAAAAAAAAAAAUGCCUAAAAAUAAUAAAAUAUCAUCAUCAAAUAAACAACAACAGCCUGCAUUUGAAAAUGCAGCGCUUGCAUUCGUUUAUAAAUCAUUGAAUCGUGAUCCAAAUAAAAGAAAAAUUAAACCCGUUGAAAGUAUAUUGUCAAUGGACGAUGAUCUUGGUGAUAGUGAAAGUGAUGAUAGUGAUUAUAAUCCACCCGGAAAUGUUGACGACGAUGAUGUUGAAAUUGAUUCCGAUGAUGGUGAUGGUGAUCAACAACAAAUGAAUUCGGAUGGUGAUUCAUCGUCAUCUUCUUCAUCGAAUGAAACUGAUGAUUCCGAUUCCGAUGAUGAUGAUGAUGAUUCUGAUGAAGAUGGAGAAUCAUCUUCAGAAGAUGAUGAUGAAGAAGACGACGAGAAUAUAAAUGGUUCGAAAUUGAAAACAAAAAAUAAAUUGCUCAAUCAAUCAUCAUCGAAAUUAUCACCAAAAUCUAGUCAACGUGAUCAUCAUGCUACGAAUUCAAAUUCUCAAUCAACAAAUGAUAUAGAAAUGGCGAAUAAUUAUCGUAAAAUACUUAUAUGUUCAGUUUGUUUGGGUGAACAAUCACUUGCUGAUGAUGAAUUGGUUGAAUGUGAUGCAUGUGGUAUUACGGUGCAUGAAUUAUGUUAUGGUAUACAAGCUGAUGAUACGGAAUCAAUACAUUCGAAUGCAUCAUCUGCAUCAACAGAACCUUGGUUUUGUGAUCCAUGUAAAGCGGGUGUAAAACAACCACUUUGUGAAUUAUGUCCAACUCAAGGUGGUAUUUAUAAAAUUACCGACAAUGGAAGAUGGGUCCAUAUGGUAUGUGCAUUAUAUACACAAGGCGUAACAUUUGCUGAUCCAGAAAAAUUUCGUGGACCAAAUUUAUCACAUAUACAAUUCAAUCAUUGGGGUUCAAAAAUCUGUAUGCUAUGUGAAGAUGAAAAUUUUGCACAAACCGGUGUUUGUAUACGUUGUGAUGCUGGAUUUUGUAAAACAAAUUUUCAUGUAACAUGUGCACAACGUCAAGGCCUUUUAACCGAAAUUCGUUCAACGGAACCUGGAGAAAUGCUCGAUCCAUACAUUGCUUAUUGUCGAUUACAUUCGGAGAGGCAAAUGGCUAAAAAGAAACGACAAAAUUAUUUAGCGUUAUUAGCUCGACAUCGAUAUUUAUUGAAACAACAACAUUCAAAUCGACGAAUCGAAGAUUCUAUUACCAAUGGUCGAACAUUGAAUAAGCUAUUUAUACAAAGGGAAAAAUUUCGUAGAAAUUUUCAAUCAAUUGGAAAUACACAAAAUGUUUUAACCAAACGAACACCACGAUUAUUGGAUGCUUCACCAUCGGCAAUGCGUCGUUUAAUGAAUCGUUGUGAAUUGGCUGGUUUUUCCAUUGGUAGAGAAUCAUUUUUAAUUCAAGAAGAAAUGAAUGAUAUAUGCCGUAAAUGGUAUAUACCACCGGCAUUUUCAAUUGAAUAUGUUAGCUAUUAUCAUGAUCGUAAUAGACGGGUAGCAAAAAUGCAAGAACAAUCACAUGAGCUUAUUGAAGAAAAUAAACGAUUGAAUGAUAUUGAAGCCAAACAAUUUGCUAAAUAUAAUAAGUUAUUGAAAAAACAUGAACAACUCAAAACAUCCAAUGAAUUAUUACGACAAAAAAUUCGUCGAUAUUUAGCUGCAUUAAGCUGGUUUCGACCACCACCACCACAAUCAUCUAAGACGGCAAAUUUAAUAAAUGAUGAAAUGAGACGAAUCAAAUUAUUAAAAAUUGGUCAACAAAUAAUGUCAUUACCUGAAAUGCUCAAUACAAAUGACGAACAACAGCAGCAACAACAACAAAAUUCCAAUGGAUUGGCCAAUGCCAAUGAUAAUGGUGCCAACACAUCAUCCACUGCUUUAAAUAAAUCAUUUAAUGGAAAAAAUUCAUCCGCUUCUGGAUCAAAGUCUUCAAAAUCAAUAACAACCACAAAUAUUGUAAAUGAAUUUCAAAUGAAAAAAUGUGCAACAUGUAAAAAAUCCAAAGAACCACAUAUGAUGGCAUUAUGUGAUUCAUGUAAUCUUUAUUAUCAUCUACAUUGUUUGGAUCCACCAUUACGACGAAUGCCAAAGAAAACACGUUUCGGUGGUUGGCAAUGUUCUAAUUGUACCGAAAAUGAAGAACAACAAACCAAUGAUGACGUUAUUGAAAUUGAUGAUGAUGAUAAUGAAGAUGUUGUUGAUCAACAAGCAAACAAUAAAUGUAAUGGAACAAUGUCCACGUCAACCAAUGAUGAUUCGAUGGCUGAUACUUCACAGCAACAAUCAUCAUCGACGACGAAGAAUAAUAUGGUUAAGAAAACACGUAGAGGUUUACGUGAAAAUCCCAAAAUGGUUACAAAAUAUGCUGAUUAUGAUGAAUCAUCGAAUCCAGCAUUAUCAUCAUCAAAUCGUAAGCGACAGAAUAAAAAACGCUCAAUAUUAUCACCGCCACCAUCUCAAUCAAUAUCAGCAUCACCAUCACCAGUUGCAGCAGCAGCAGCUGUAGUAGAAAAUUCUUCAUCAUCAAAUUCAAUCAAUAAUAGUAUUCGUCGUGGACGGAAAUAUAAACCACCGCCACCACCAUCCAAUACUUUAGAAUCAUCAUCAUCAUCACCAGUUCCAACAACAAUCAUUCCUGUUGCAAAAGCAACAACACCUACUACUGUUACCAAGUGUUCAGCAAGCCAUCAAAAUUCAUCACCAUCAUCGACAAAAUCAUUAUUAUCAUCACAAUCAACAACAACAUCGAUAGCGGCCAUUCCAUCCACCACCACAAUAACAACAACACCGACAACUGUUACGGUUGGUCGAAAACGUAAACAAACAGAAGCAUCAUCCAUUCUAUUAAAUACUAGUAAUAGUAGCAAUAAUAUAGUUGAUCAAUCAAAAUCAGUGAAAAAAACUCGUCAACAUGAUGGUAGACUGUGCAAUAAAAAUGAAAAAUCCAAACAGCAGCAGCAGGUGAUUGUAAAAAAGGAAAUUAUCGAUACAAACGAUAAUGUAGUAUCUUCAGAUUCUUCAUCGAUUGAACAAUCGGCAUUAACAAUUGAUGAUAAUCCAUGUAGAAAUUCCAAUGAAACAACGAUACCACAGCCUACAACUGCGGCAACAAUAGCUGCAACAGUUGAUGAUAUUAGUACCGUAUUGAAUGAUAUUAUUUUGUUGGAAGAAGAAGAAGCACAGAAUCAGCAGCAACAGCAAAAACAACAACAACGACAACCAAAAAUUAAGCAAGAAAUCGACACUACAACAAUAACAGUCAAAGAUGAAAUGGUAGAUGAUGUCAAGGAAGAGCCGGACGAUUUUUUGGAUGAAACAACAAAACCUAAUUCCACAGAAUUUAAUGACGAUGAGGAUUAUGACUGAUAAUCAUCAUGUGUUUAUUUUAUUGAUUUUUUUCACCAUCGAUCCUUUCAUUCCUCAUGUGUCCAUAUCUGGCCGCUGCAUAAAAUUUGGCCAAAUUAUUCUUAAUAUCAUCCAUCAAUCAUUAAUCCAUUUAAACAUGUUUUUUUUUUUUUUUAUUUCAUCUCAUUCUCUAUCCAUAUUCUUCGGAUAA